AUGCCUAUUGACGAGUACUCUCAUUACUUUUCCAAUGGAGAGGUCAAGAUCCAUUACCAUCUCUAUGGACAAGGCCCGGCCUUGGUGCUCGUCCACGGCCACCCAGACAACGAAAUGACGUUUUCGAUGCAAAUAGAGGAGUUCUCCAAGGACCACACGCUGAUUCUUCCCACGCUUCGGGGAUAUCCUCCGAGUGAUGUCCCCCUAGAACCAGAGGCGUACGACGGCAACGUCAUGGCCAGUGAUUUGGUGGCCCUUUUGGACCACUUGAAGAUUGAAAAGGCAGUUUUUGCCGGAGGCGAUGUUGGGGGCAUCACUGUUCAAAAGCUUGCGUUUCUUCAUCCAGAGAGAUUGUCAGGUCUUGUCAUCUUCAACACACCAAUUCUGGGCACGAUGAUGCACCUCAUCCACCAUGACCCGGAGCAGCAGGAACUGUCCAAGUACUCACUCAAGUACAUCAAACACAACCCCGGAGACGCCUACGAUCUGGAUUUUGUUUGCCGUACCAUUACCGAUCCGGAAUACCGCGCCGAGAUCAAAGAGUAUCUCCAAAAGUCUCCAGAAGGCGGAAUGUUCUACUUUUUCCGCAAGAACUUUCCAGCGCCACCAUACGGACAAAACAUUGAUACCUCGGGUAUGCACUAUAAGAUGCCAUGUGUGGUUAUAUGGGGAAUGCAAGAGCCGUAUUUCUCGGACAAGAUGCUGGACGGCUUCUAUAAGUGGUUUGACCAGUCGGUUCGAGUGGUUGUGCUGCCGCAGGCUGGACAUUGGCCGUGGAGAGAGGAUGCGAGAAAGGUGAAUUAUGAGUUGCGAUCAUGGCUUACUGCUUUGGAGAGUGGACAGCUAUAA